UGACGCAGACGCGCUCAACGACCGUUCAACGCUGAUCAUUCGUCUUUCAGUGCCCUUAAACUUGAAGUUGUAGUCAGUUAUCAUGUCAUCUCACGUUCCAGGAUUUUCAGCUUUGACUAAACCGGGUUUAAUACCGGGUUUCAGGCUUUCUAAAGAUCGGCUGAUCACCAUCGUUCCUGUUGCAGUGGCCGCAGCUGUGAGUACAUACCUGGUGACGCGCUACUUCAGCGGGCAGAGCGGUACAAAAAGCAGAGUCAACCAGACGAUCAACAAAGACAGCCCUAAAGUAGUGCACAGCUUCGACAUCGAAGACAUCGGCAACAAGGUCGCCUACUGCCGAUGCUGGAGGUCCAAGAAGUUUCCCUACUGUGACGGUGCACACGCCAAACAUAACAAGGAAACGGGUGAUAAUGUCGGACCACUGAUCAUUAAGAAGAGAAAUGCUUAAAUCUGGAGAAGUCCGCCCAAGAAAUGCAACUGAGAGUGUUUGUGUGUGCCAGUAAGGCAGAGUAACCCAAAAUGAAUUAAAGGAUUAGUCCAUUUUCUUAAAAAAAAUCCAGAUAUUUACUCACCACCAUGUCAUCCAAAAUUUUGAUGUCUUUCUUUGUUCAGUCGAGAAGAAAUUGUGUUUUUUGAUGAAAACAUUUCAGGAUUUUUUUCACUUUAAUGGACCCCAACACUUAACAGUUUCAGUGCAGUUUAAAAUUGCAGUUUCAAAGGAUUUCAAAUGAUCUCAAAAAAGGCAUAAGGGUCUUAUCUAGUAAAACGAUUGUCAUUUUUGGCAAAAAAUAAAUCAAUAAAAAAUAUGCACUUUUAAACCACAACUUCUCUUCUUCCCCCGGCUGUGUGCAAGCCAGCGCGACCUCACGUAAUCGCGUAAUGACGUAGGUCACAUGUUACAUAUAUGAAAUGCACAUUUGCAGACCAUUUUAAACAAUAAACUGACACAAAGACAUUAAUUAGUACAGGGGUGGGGAACCCUGGUCCUGGAGGGCCAUUGUCCUGCAGAGUUUAGUUCCAACCCUAAUUAAACACACCUGAAAAAUCAAAUUAAAGUCUUCAGGAUUACUUGGAGACUAAAUUCAGGUGUGUUUGAUUAGGGUUGGAACGAAACUCUGCAGGACAGUGGCCCUCCAGGACCCAGGGUUACCCACUCCUGAAUUAAUAUCAUUCAACAUACAACAACGUCAGAACGGUCCUUUUUCUCCACACUUGUAAACACUGGGGCGUAGUUUCGAUACGUCAUCCAUGACCUCUUGACGUGAUGACGUAUUGCGUGACGUCCCACUGGCACGUCACAGGACCGGAAGAAGUUGUGGUUUAAAAGUGCAUAUUUUUUAUUUUUCUUGCCAAAAAUGACAAUCGUUUCGCUAGAUAAGACCCUUAUGCCUCGUUUGAGAUCAUUUAGAGUCCUUUGAAACUGCUAUUUUAAGUAUUGGGGUCCAUUAAAAUGAGAAAAAUCCUGGAAUGUUUUCCUCAAGAAACAUCUCGACUGAAAAGAGAAUGACAUCAACAUUUUGGAUGACAUGGUGGUGAGUAAAUUAUCUGGAUUUUUUUUUAAGAAAAUUGACUAAUCCUUUAAACUUGAUAGCCUUACAAAAAAAGGUUAAUCCAAGUAUACUGUAAAUCCAGUCAUACAAAUGUUUUUUACAAAUUGAAAAACCUUGCUGUAAUUCUCUUAAAACAUACAGAUGUUCAUUUCCCUCCUUCAGACCGAGGACUUCUGCAAACAUAGAUAGAUGUACUGUAUUUCCUGUAACUGUGCUGAGGUUUCAUGCCUGGUUGCGUUAUCUGCCUCAACACGACACAUACUGUAAAACCCUUUAAAUCGACACUAAGGUGACUUUGAGUUUUAGGGGCUGGGACAGAGCUAAAAGCGCACAAUGUUUUAUAAAAGUCUGUGUUUGUGUAACUCUAGUCGUAAAACUAAAUGGUUUCCUUUUCAAAUGUGCCAUUUGCAUAAAUUCUCUAUCAUGGUGUUGAAUUAUCAUUUGCCAAAUGUAUAAAUGAAUAAAUGCAAUUUGAAAUUGGUCA